AUGCCCAGCAAGACAGAACUUAUCAUCGCGAAGAAGUUCCUCGGGAAUGCAGAUGAAAGCCAGGAAGAAAUGGUGCAUUUCGCUGUGGAAGGCGCGCGGAAGUGGUUCGUCCGAUCCUCCAUAGGAUCUGAAGAGGCAGUUUUCUCCCGUGCGCGAGGGUUCGAGCCCAUCCUCGUUUCGGGUAUCUCCUCAGCCUUGGUCGGGCCAACGUUCGGUGGUAUCCCGCUCACGCACCACGGUGUAGCCAGCAGCAUGGUUGUGUGGGGAGGGGUGGGAGCAGGGUACAGAUGCCAGAGUAUACGUUGGUUGUUUUGA